AUGGCUUCCGAACAAUUGCGCAUUCUCAUUGUUGGCAAUGGUGGCCGUGAGCAUGCCUUCGCUUGGAAGUUGAGCGAGUCUCCCCUCGUCGAUAUCAUCUAUGUCGCUCCCGGAAAUGGCGGCACUGGUCUGGGUAACAACAAGAAGAUCACCAAUGCCAAUGUCAAGGGUGAUGACUACCCUGGACUCGUCGCAUUCGCACAGAAGAACCAGGUGAACCUCGUGGUACCUGGCCCCGAGGCCCCUCUUGUCGAUGGCAUUGAGGGUUACUUCAAGGCUGUCGGCAUUCGUGUCUUCGGACCUUCCAAGGCUGCUGCCCGCAUGGAGGGCUCCAAGACCUUCUCCAAGGACUUCAUGCAGCGUCACCAGAUCCCCACCGCCGAAUUUGGAAACUUCUCUGACUACGAAUCCGCUUGUCGCUAUCUCGAUUCCGUAUCACACAACGUGGUUAUCAAAGCUGAUGGUCUGGCCGGUGGUAAGGGUGUGAUCAUGCCCACCACAAAGGAAGAGGCCCACCAGGCCUUGAAGGAUAUGAUGCUGGAUCACCAGUUCGGCAAGGCCGGUGACGAGGUCGUCAUCGAGGAGUGCUUGGAGGGUGAUGAGUUGAGCAUUCUCACUUUCAGUGACGGCUACACUAUCCGCUCCUUGCCCCCCGCGCAGGAUCACAAGCGUAUUUUUGAUGGUGACCAGGGUCCUAACACUGGUGGUAUGGGCUGCUAUGCGCCCACGCGUAUUGCGCCUAAAGAGGUCGUCGACGAGAUUGACCGGACCAUCAUCCAGCCUUCCGUUGACGGAAUGCGCAAGGAUGGUUUCCCCUUCGUCGGUAUCUUGUUCACCGGUCUCAUGAUGACCAAGAACGGACCCAAGGUCCUUGAGUACAAUGUCCGUGGUGGAGACCCCGAGACCCAGACUCUCCUGCCUUUGCUUAGCAAGGAUACCGAUCUUGCCCAGAUCAUGGUCGCCUGUGCCGACCACUGGCUGGACGGUGUCUCGCUUAAGAUCGAGCCCAACUUCUCCACCACUGUCAUUGCUGUUGCUGGUGGUUACCCCAACGCCUACGCCAAGGGCAAGGUCAUCACUCUGGCCCCCGAGCCCGCUGGAACUCUCAUCUUCCACGCCGGUACCACCCUGUCUGGCAAUGAGCUCCAAACGGCUGGAGGUCGUGUGAUCGCCUCUACUGCCACUGCUUCCACUCUCGAGGAGGCCGUUGCCAAGAGCUACGAGGGCAUCAAGACCAUCAGCUUUGAGGAUAUGUUCUACCGCAAGGAUAUUGCGCACCGCGCAUUCCGCCAAACCGCCGAUACAUCGCUCACCUACGCCCAAGCCGGCGUCUCCAUCGAUGCCGGUAACGAGCUCGUCAACAAAAUUAAGAGCUCCGUCGGCCGCACCAAGCGCCCUGGUACCGACGCCGUCAUUGGUGGUUUUGGUGGUCUCUUCUCUCUGGCCGCCGCUAACUCUGCCUACCACCCCCACUCCCCUACCCUCAUCGGUGCUAUUGACGGAGUCGGCACCAAGCUCAAGAUCGCCCACUCCGUCGGCAUCCACGACACCGUCGGUAUUGAUCUCGUCGCCAUGAACGUCAACGACCUCGUUGUCCAAGGCGCCGAGCCCCUCUUCUUCCUGGACUGCUACUCUUGCGGCCAUCUCGACGUCCCCACCGCUGCCGCCUUCGUCACCGGUGUCGCAGAGGGCUGUGUCCAAGCCGGCUGCGCCCUGAUCGGUGGUGAAACUGCCGAGAUGCCCGGCCUUUUCAUCGACGACUCCUACGACGCCGUCGGUGCCGCUGUCGGCGCUAUUAACACCACUGGCGAGCACGCCCGUGCUAUCCUCCCCCACACCGAUAACAUGCGCGCCGGCGAUGUCCUCCUCGCCCUUGGCUCCUCCGGUCCCCACUCUAACGGCUACUCGCUCGUCCGCAAGAUUGUCGAGCGUGCCGGUCUGAGCUACACUGACCCCGCUCCUUUCUCCAUGCCUGGUCUUGAAGCUGGCGUUACCGUUGGUCGUGCCCUUCUCACUCCCACCCGUAUUUACGUCAAGUCUAUCCUUAGCGCCUUGAACACCCACGGAACCGCUAUCAAGGGUCUUGCUCACAUCACCGGUGGUGGUCUAGUUGAGAACAUCCCCCGUAUGCUUCCAUCGACCCUGACUGCCCAGGUUGAUGUUAGCACUUGGGCUCAGCCUUCUGUCUUUUCUUGGUUGCAGCGUGCCGGUAACGUCUCUUCUGCUGAGAUGGCCCGUGCCUUCAACUGCGGUGUUGGUAUGAUUAUUGCCGUUGACCCUGCUUCCGAGGCUGCUAUCCGUCAGACUUUCGAGGCUGCCGGCGAGUCUGUUUACCGGGUUGGUGAGCUGCGUGUUCGCGAUGCUGGCGAAGAGGGCUGCGUGUUGUCUGGCCUUGAGUCUUGGGCUUGA